GCGUAUUGGAUCCACUGACGAAAAGUCAGGCGGGCAGGUCUCGCUAGCUGGAGCCACGGGCUCCGCUUUCCAUUCCGCGUUUUCCACCCCAGCAUAGGAGGUGGGAUCCAGCCAGCGCUAAAUUCCAACUCCAGUUUUUGCAGGCAGCCUCCUCCAGCUGUUUAGCGCAUCUGGUCCGCCGCGCCUUCUUCUCCUUCUCCUCUUCCUCGUGUAGACACACCACAGCUGCUAGCGCCGAAGAAGCUGCCAUGUCCGGGGAAGAAGCUGCCGGGGAAGAUGCGGGCGCGCCUCAAACGGGCACUGCCGCUCCACCCGCAGAGGAGCAGCGGAACGAAGAAGCGGCGGCGGCGGCCGCAACAGGCAGACCCGCCGUACCUGCCAGUACCGCUGCUGCUGGGCGCCAGUAUAGGGCACUGGUGCUCACCGGCUUUGGUGGUUACGAGAAGGUGAAGGUGCAGACCCGGCAGCUGCCUCAAGCGGAGCCCAGCCCGGGCGCUGGCCAAGUCAGCGUGCAGGUCCGGGCCUGCGGGCUCAACUUCGCCGACCUGCUGGCUCGCCAGGGGCUCUACGAGAGGCUUCCCGCGCCGCCCGUCAGCCCUGGCAUGGAGGCGGCGGGAAUCGUCCUGGCCGUGGGCGAGGGCGUCUCCAGCCCCAAGGUAGGUGAUAAGGUGAUGGUGAUGGCCCGGUCAGGUCUCUGGCAAGAAAUUGUAACAGUCCAAGCCAAUCAGACUUUUCUCAUGCCGGAAGGGAUGAGUUUUGAGGAAGCAGCUGCCUUUCUGGUCAAUUACAUCACAGCCUACAUGGUCCUCUUUGACUUUGGCAAUUUGCGCCCCAACCAGAGUGUCCUUGUCCACAUGGCAGCAGGUGGUGUGGGAACUGCAGCAGUCCAACUGUGCAAAACUGUGGAAAAUGUCACCAUUUUUGGCACAGCAUCUGCCUCCAAACAUGAGGCCCUCAGAGAGAACGGGGUGACUCACCCUAUUGAUUACCGGGCAGCUGAUUAUGUGGCUGAAGUCCGGAAGAUCUCUCCCAAAGGUGUAGAUGUUGUUUUGGACCCCUUGGGUGGUUCAGAUACCACAAAAGGAUUUCACCUCCUGAAACCAAUGGGUAAACUAGUCACCUAUGGUGUAGCCAACUUGCUAACAGGGCAGAGGAAGAACCUGAUGGCUAUGGCAAAGACCUGGUGGAACCAGUUUAGCAUCAAUGCCCUGCAGCUGCUUCAUCUCAACAAAGCAGUUUGUGGCUACCACCUGGGCUACCUAGAUGAGGAAGUAGAGCUCUUAACUGCCGUGGUGACCAAGCUAAUUGCUCUCUACAAUCAGGGCAAAAUCAAACCAAAGGUGGACUCUGUUUGGCCCUUUGAGCAGGUGGUGGAUGCCAUGAAGCAGAUGCAAGAGAAGAAGAAUGUUGGGAAAGUCGUCUUGAUUCCUGAAGCUCCACCGAAGGAUGAAAGCAAGAAAACAGAGAAUUAAAGCAAAGGGCAUGGGUGGACUGUUUGACCUCAGGUUGAUUUUGGGGGACUUUUUUUUUACUGCCUCCCCUCCCCCCACAUCUGACCCUUGAGGGAAGUAGGAAUGGACAGGUCUCUCACUGCUGUUAAUGGAAUAAGUGACAUGAGGAUUGAAGAGAAAAAUGUCUUGUCUUGUGGUUAAUUGACUGUUUAAAGAUGAGGCAAGCUUCUAAGUUUCAUAAAAUCUUUACAGAGUGGAACUUAAAAGAUUGUCCCAUCUCUAUGAAAAUAUUGGUUGGCCUAGUUUAAAAAACAAAAGAUUAUCAUGUAAAUCCAGCACUUCUUCUUUUGCAAUCUUGAUACUUUAUUCUUAAAGGAACCAUAGGGCAUCAUCUGAAGAGGUGAAAGAUGUACAAGGCAGGUGUAUCCAUUGACAUUUUCUCUGAUUUUUUGAUCUUAAUUCAUUCACUGUUCAUAAAUUCCUAGCCAUGUUGUUUGUCUCUAUGGCCUCUUCUCUCCUUAGCCAUCCUUAUCUUGCCUCUGAAUACUCAGUGACUAAUAAGUUUAGAGCAUGUAAAACACCCAUUGUUCUAGCAGCUAUUGACAGUUGACAGUUUCCAUAGAAAUAAAUCUUCAGACCUGCCACUUUGGAAGGGCACAUUUAAUAAGCAGAACACACUAGACAUCUUUGCAGCUAGGUGGGGGAGGAAGGGAAUUUUGUUUCCGGUGGUGGUCCUAUAACUUGGUGCAACAAAGCCACCACUGCUUCCUGCAAUAUGGAAGUACCCUGUGCUAUCUAGGCAAACCCAGCUUAUCAAGUCUUUUUCAAAAUCUAUUAGGCAGAUUGCAAGCAUGGGGAAAUCAAGGAAUUGCCAGUGAAGGAAGCCCCAAGACUCCAAACCAUGGCUUCUUUUGGAGAGAAAUAUUGAUUUUUUUCCAUGUAAAUGUGUUCAAACAGACAUAUAUUUAACAGUGCUAAACAGCUGACUACUCUGUAAUCUCAAAAUAGUGAUAUCAUGUUUGUCAUCUCAGUGGCUUGUGACUUGAUAUGGGGCUGAUCUGAUGUUUAACUAUAAAAACAACGGACGUGUUCUCAGUCAAAGAUAUGAGAAAUGCUUUGAUCACAGCAUCUGUGCCAGUCAUUUGCAAGUUAUAUCCAACAUGAACCUAGUUUAUGUUUAAGACUCACUGCAGGUGAAAUAUUCUCUUUAUAUUUUCAUUUUGUGGAGGAAGGGCAAAAUGACCAAUUCUCUGCAAGAAACAGAUUGGGCAGGAGGUAGAAACAGAUUCUUUGAUUAGUUUGUAAGCAUUCUGUAUUGGCUUGAAAAAAUCAGUUGGUCACUUUGAGAGUGUACACAUAAACUAUUUUUGCUGAAGACAUUUUAUGUUGAGUAGGUUAAGUCUGCUCCUGUUUCAUUCACCACCAUUUCUGAAAGCUCUUCCUUGAAAAUCCAAAGUUCUUUUUUUUAUGUCAGUAAAUAUUUUUACUCUUUUAGAGAUUGGAUCCUGAGAGUAUUUCUCUGCACUUUGAAUUAUCCAUUUCUGACGCUCCUCCUUUUUCCAAGAGUGCUGCCAGUCUACUUUGGGUGAGGCUGAUAUCCUUCUUCCCGUUUCAGUAAGCAACAUAGGUCCCAGAAAAGGUCAAGGGACUUCUGAGGUUAUUUCUUUAGUCUUUUCCUUUGAUUCUCACAGUUAGUAAUGGCAGAAAAACCCUAAGUCCGGUAUUCUGUCUUUUAUUGGCCUAGGGGAAAAAAAAGAAGAAAGAAAUACUUUCAGUAGAUUGUAUCAACUAAGCAUUUUUCUUUCUGGCAAGUAUUUUUGCUUUUCCCAUCAGAAAGCCGUCUAUGAAAAUGUUGAGGCCAACCCUCAGCUGUUAGCAAAAUAUAUGUAUGUGAGAAUGGAAACCAUUUUUGGAGUGUUUUUGGUUCAUCAGGCCUUGAUUGCUCAUAUUAUUUAGGGGAUCCUCAGCUUAUAAUCUUUUGCAGGACUGUGUUUGUCUAGCAUGCCUGUUUUGGGAACAGAACAUUCUCACAACUCUUGCACAAUGCUAUAGCUUUUCAAUCUUUAGUACUGCAUCUAAUUCCUGAUACUUUAUUAGGGGCAGGGGAAAGAGAGAUUCAUUUUUUAUUUAAAAAAACCGAAAUGGAAAAUCACACCUUCAAUGUAAUAUUUAUAAAUAUUUUCUCUUCCUUCUCAAACAUCCAGUUGCUGAAACAGUUGCCAGUCUGUCCUUCCCUAAUCUAGCGAUUAUGGAAACAGUAAGACAAUAUAUUUGCAAGACUCCAACUUGGGAAGGCUGUUCUAAAACACCUUGGCUGUCACCUUUAUAAUAAACAACCGCAUUAGACAUUUUGGUGAGUAACACAGGGAAGGAGCAUCUAGUGCAGUCAAUGUAGAGAAAAACUAGGUUUGAAUGCCAAACAUCCAGUGGAUUUCAUCUAAGCAAAAGAUGAAAGUUCUGGAAGUGAUUAUUCUUGCUGUGGAUCAUUCCUUUAAUUAUUCUGUAUAUCUUGAUGUUUUGAGAUUGGUGAGUACAUCAUUUCUAGAGGCUCAAACAAAGGCCACUAAGCACUUUUUAACAUUGUUUAACCUGCCAUAUUCUUAUUGAAAGGUAUUACAGAAUCCAGAUUAAUUGAUGGGAUCCUAGAUCAGGGAGGAACCAAAAGGCCAGUUGCUUCAAGGAGCCGAUGUUCAGUGCUAGAGCAUGUGAUUUUUAUGAGGUAAUUCCAAAUCCAAGCUGGUUAGGAGAGCUGGAAAAAAUGUUGGCCUGAGAACUUUCAGUGGCCCUUAAUGGUUUAAUGUAGUGUAAGGCAGAUUCCUAGAAGCUCAUAUAUUAUGGAAGGACAGCUGGCUGGUCAGCCAGCCACUCAUUCACAGUCAAAUGCAACCUUUUCCAGCUUCAAGCCCUUCAGAGAUAUUGAACUUCAAUUCUCAGCAUUUCCAGCAGAGGGAAUUUCCAGGUUCCAUAUAUGGAGGGCAUCAGGAGCGGAAGAGGCAGAGAUCUGAUCUGAUGUAUGAGAGACUCAAUAGAUCUUGGAGACCAACCUAGAACAUGAGGCUAUGGUCCUGAUUAUCUGAUGUGGCAUUUCUUCUGCCACUUACUUUGUACAUAUCCUCAUACCUCUUGGUAUUUUUACCAUCCAGGUCCAAUUUUUUACCUUCCGAUCUUUAAGAUUAUAGGCCAAUAGGAGUUUACAGAUCCCAACUGUAAGGUCAAAAAGAAAACUGGAAUUCCCAACUUUCUCUUAUUUUAAGCACAACAGGGAAUUAAAAUCAGUCUUGCAUGAUCAGCUGUGUUCUCCCAAGCUCUUACAAAGGGGAGGGGUGGGGGAGGGAAAGAAUCUAUUGUAAAACUUCAUGGGUUUUUGAUGUUUUUUUUUUCUCAUGCCUUUCUUCUUGCUGCUGCCUGGUGCCUUAUUCUGGAUGGCAUUCCAAAACAUUUCUAACCUCAUCAUUGUAAAAUUGCAAGGAAUAGCCUUGCCUUUAAAAGAACUUAUAUGCUGCAUUGUUACUCCCAAUUUAUUGUGCCUUGUUCCAAACAGUGAGUAAGGUCUAAUUCAAGAAGCCUUUGCCAAUGUUGACUUGUUUAAAAAGAGUGCCCCACUCCAAGAAAAUAGUAUGAAAUAUAUUUAUGGCUUCUGUUCUUUAAUCAAUGAGGACACCUACAUAAGAGGAUGAAUUGUUGCAGAAAUGCAUAAAUUCUGAUUCUAUUAAUGGACACAGAGUUCUCCUAGAUAGCCUCAUCCUUCCUUACUUGAGCCAUGGGACAUUUUCUGCAUGGUACUGUGAAAAUGUUGUUUAAGUCUCCUGACCAUUGUUUCUGAAUCUUAAUGGCUGAAAACUACUUUUUAAAUUGAGUAGAUGUCUGGCUUAAUGAACCUCUGUCAAAUGAUAAAUAUGGAGAAUCUGAAUUCUGUUCUUGGUAUAAUUUGUGGAACUGCCCAUUGGUGAGAGAUAACCAGCCCCUUCCUGUAGUGUGCUCCAGUGCCUUUGGGAAGAGAUGGGGCAAAUAUAGCUUUUCAUGUAUUUGCAAACACACCCCAAAAGAAAAACAGUUCUUAACCCAAAGCAGCAGCAAGAGAUAUCCUGUUCCCUUCCUGCAACCUUGCUUUCUCAUGCUGGAAUCUGACAGUUUUCCAAUGUUCCUCCUGAACAGAAGAGAUCUUUGCCUUUGUGCUGGAGUUAAAGCUGAUUUGUCUUACUACUACUCAGUAAGCUGUAGUUCUUUUAUACAGAAAACAUCAAAUUUUAAAGCACUAUAACUAUGCUCUUUGUUGCCUUGCUGAUUAAUACUGUAACCUUGAACUUUGUAUCAUCCCUUUUAUUUUGCAACUUGACUGUGUGUGUCUGUAUGCAUGCAUGCGUGUGUUUCAGACAAUGGUUUUAUGGGCCAUUUGUAAUAAUAAAGCCCCUUGACCAUCACUCCCCAUCCUUUUAAAAUUAAAAUAAGUGGUCUUAACCGAUUAAAACAAUGUGCUUAACUUCAAGGACAAAAAUGUGUGGGGUGGGGGGAGAAAUAAGGUGUUUUCUUGAACUGUCCAUAAAACAAAAUACAAGGACAAUAUUUAUCACAAGAAGCCUUUCUUGAUGGAUUUUGUUGCAGAGUUCAAGGUAGCUGAUACAACUCCAAAAUGAUGCUGCAUAGACUGCCAUACGUAUGGGUGACACGAAGGGCCAAAGAUGGAGCACUUUAAUUGAAAAAGUGCCAUAUGUCCUGCUCAGUGAGCUUUUAAGCAACGUGUACCCUGAACAUUACUGAAGGCCCAAAGAGCAUUUUUUGCAAAACCUGUUUCAUAGGGCUGAAGUGGGCCCUCGGUGGCAUGAACUAAUAGCGGCCCUCUUACACAGCAGCUACAGCAACUUGAUCUGGCAGUUAAUACCAGCUCCCCUUCUUUAGGGACCCCCUCAAAUAAAGAAGUGAAAGGGAUGAAGGCAAAGCUCCCUCAGGGAAAUGAUUUGCAAUGUGCCAAAAUUAACAUCAGAGUUGGGCUUCAUUUGUUUUUCUGUUGGAGAUGAAAUACCUGUAGAGAGAUUUUUUUUAAAAAAACUUCCUAUAUGAAUGAAAUCUCUCAUUUUUUAAUAACAUUCCCAAUUAUAGAGAGCAUAGAAUUUAGGGGGGAAGGUCACAGAGAGAGUGAAAUAACUCCCUUUACACUCCUUUUAUAGACCCGCUCUUAUCUUUGAUUGUCAGGAUGACUUAGUUCAACUGUCCCUCAUAUUUCAACAUUUCAGAAUUCUGAGUCCAGAGGUAAACAUUUCAUAGUGUCUGCUAUUUCUUUAAGAUUUGCUUUGUUUUGUUUUUUUUAACCUAAGUCUGUAAAAUAAAAAUCUCAUUUGAAAUAUUUUCUCUCCAUUAUCAUCAGUUAGCUUUUCUUUUUGUUUUAAAGUCCCAUUUGGCAUUGUGUUAGGCUUGGCUCACCAAACCCCAAAAGGAGUAUUACUCACCACUGGGAGAAAUGUUAGCAAAGAAAGCUAAAGUCAAGGUAAUUGUGGGUGUUUCAGAGGCAGGAAAAGCUCUCCCUUUGUCAAGGCAGGCUGUUUUAUUUGCAUGAUCGUUUUAGUGUGAUGUAGGCUUGAAUGCCAAGCCAUGGAUAUCCUGGCCCUGCAGCUAGAGCCAGCUGUGGAACCACAACUGUUGCCAAAUAGAUUCCCCCUCCCCAUGCUAGGGUGAUGCUGAUGAGGAGAAGGCAGCUGGCAGUGAGGGCAGGCUGCACAGCCCCCUCGCAGCUGGUGGCGGCACUUGUCCCACUGCCUCUCCUUCGGGUGGUUCACAAGCAGCUUGUGUGUCUUUAUGGUUCAAGAUGCUUUCUCAAGUCUCUCUAUGGUGUUUGAAAAGAAGUCCUCUUCUGCUUGCGCCUGCAUGUGUGCGUGCGUGUACGUGUGUGUCAACAAAGCAAAUGUGCCAAUGCUGUUUACAGAUUCAGACAUGAAAUUGCUAGUCUGCCUACUGUUACCAUAUGCCUUAUGUGUUUUCUGGGUGUUCCAUUAAAAGCAUAACAAAAAUGA